AUGGGAGGCUUUGAAGGUCAUCUGUACCCAGGGCUUUGUUUUUUCCUCUAUGGACUUUAUCAGGCACGACUCCUCUCCAGGGCUUUGAUAUGCAAGUCCCCUGUCCAGUAUCCACCACGCGGUCCUUGGAACAAAGGAAGAUGGGCAUGGCUGUGGCAAAUAUACUGGAUUGGCGUCCUGAAGGUACUGAGCACCUGCGUUUUAGUAGCUCAAGAGUUCCAUAGCACUUCGGGACGGUUAGUACUUAUCAGCAAGAUAUAUCAUCAGAGAAACUUUGUGUACCGCAAACAGUGGCAGCAUCUUACUCUUUAUAUGUCUUUUUUUCUAAGUGGAUGUUUAGAUGUGGUGAGCCAGAACCUGCUGUCUCAGAGGUGUGCCGCUCUGGAGCAAGGGGCCCAAGCCCUGGGCACAUUUAUAUGUCUGCCCCUGAUGGUGUCUCACAUGCAAGACACAGAAGGAGUGGAGCUGCAGGCUCACAUGCUGCUCACUCAGGCCAUGUUCCUGCUGACCCUUGUGGCGAUCACAGAGCUCUGGGCACCCAAUGAGCCACUCAUCUGGAUGAUGAAGGCCUUUUUGUAUAUGCUCGCAGGCUCUUGGCUGAUACAAAUCGCCUUUAUGCUGUACAAACCCAUCUCUGGCUAUAAAUGGUUGGAUGACGACAAAAAUGACAUAGAGUUCACCACUAUUUUCUUCUGCUGGCAUGUGUUGUUUGAUGCCAUUUUAAUGGUCUGGAUCUACAGCUUCUCUUUUGUGUGGCAUCGCUACAUUUUUGUUAAUGCCUGA